AUGGAAAUCGGUCUGCAAAUCUUCUUAACCUUCGUAGUAGUUGUGCAGUUAAUAAUUGGGAAUUUGACCAAUGGAUUUAUCAUAGUGAAAAAUUUCAUUGACUGGGUCCAUAAAAGAAAGCUCAGCUCAGUUGAUCAAAUCUUCAUCAUCUUGGCAAUUUCCAGAACUGGUGUGAUCUGGGAAGUACUAGUAAGUUGGUUCAAACCUCUUCAUUACUCAUUUUCAACUGUGGAUAGAGAAGAAAUAAAAAUUUCUUUGCUUAUCUGGGUAGUUUUCAAUCAUUUCAGUCUCUGGUUUGCUACAGUACUCAGCAUCGUUUAUUUGUUCAAGAUUGCCACUUUCUCCAGGCCUAUUUUUCUGUAUCUGAGGUGGAGAGUAAGAAAAGUGAUUCUGACAAUAUUGCUAGGAAGUUUGGUCUUCUUGUUUUUAAAUAUGAUACAAAUAAGCACCCAUGUUGAAGACUGGAAGCACGGACAUGAAAGAAACACAGCUUGGAAUUCCACACUGAGUGAGUCUGCGGUGCUAUCAAAGCUCAUCAUAUUCAACAUGACCAUGUUCUCCUUCAUACCAUUUAUUCUGGCCCUGAUCUCUUUACUCCUGCUUACCAUCUCCUUAUGGAAACAUCGACAGAAGAUGAGGCUCAAUUCUGAAGGACACAGCGAUCCCAGGACCGAGGCCCACAUCAAUGCCUUGAAAAUUGUGGUCUCUUUCCUCCUACUCUAUACUACUUACUUUCUGUCCCUCUUCACAUCGUGGAUUUCUCAGAUGCAUCAGAGUGACCUGAUGCAUGCACUUGUCCUGUGUAUCACACUCAUCUAUCCUUCAAGCCAUUCACUUAUCCUGAUUCUGGGCUACUCCAAGUUAAAGCAGUCCUUCCUCUUUGUGCUGAGGCCACUAAAGUGUAAGACAAAGGCUGAGGAUCAACAGAUCACAAUUCCAUAA